AUGCGGCUUGACGUGAAGAGGCAGCUCUUCGCCCGAAGCGAGCGCGUGAAGGGAAUCGACUUCCACCCUACGGAGCCAUGGGUUCUCACCACCCUGUACAGCGGCCAUUGUCACAUCUGGUCCUAUGAGACGCAGGCAAUUGUCAAGACCUUCGAGCUCACCGAUGUCCCUGUCCGCGCUGGCCGCUUCAUCGCGCGCAAGAACUGGAUAGUCUGCGGUUCCGACGAUUUCCAGCUUCGUGUCUACAACUACAACACCUCCGAGAAGAUAACCAGCUUCGAGGCGCAUCCCGACUACAUUCGUGCGAUAUGCGUUCACCCGACCCAGCCCUUCGUUCUGACGGCUUCCGACGACAUGACCAUCAAGCUGUGGGAUUGGGAGCGCGGCUGGAAGUGUGUCCAGGUCUUUGAGGGUCAUGCUCACUAUGUCAUGGGCCUUGCUAUCAACCCCAAGGACACCAACACUUUCGCAUCUGCUUGUCUUGACAGGACGGUCAAAAUUUGGAGCCUGGGAUCUUCCACCCCCAACUUCACUCUUGAGGCCCACGAAACUAAGGGUGUCAACCACGUCGAUUACUACCCCCAAUCCGACAAGCCUUAUCUCUUGACGACCUCCGAUGAUAGGACCGUAAAGGUCUGGGAUUACACAACCAAGGCACAGAUCGCUACUCUGGAAGGCCACACUAGCAACGUCUCAUUCGCGAUUUACCACCCCGAAUUGCCCGUUAUCAUCUCCGGUUCCGAAGAUGGCACGGUCAAGAUCUGGCAUGCCAACACUUACCGCCUCGAGCAAUCCCUCAACUAUGGUCUGGAGCGUGCAUGGUGUGUGAGCUACCAACGUGGAAAGCAAGGAGUCGCCGUGGGUUUCGACGAUGGUGCUGUCGUUGUCAAGAUGGGCCGCGAGGAGCCUGCAGUUAGCAUGGAUGCUUCUGGCAAGAUUAUCUGGGCGAAGCACUCCGAGAUUCUUACCGCUGUGAUCAAGGGUGGUGAUAAGAGCCUGAAGGAUGGCGAUCGCCUGACUAUCCCUUCGAAGGAUCUGGGUUCCACGGAGAUCUACCCGCAAUCGUUGAUGCACUCCCCCAACGGCCGUUUCGUCGCGGUUUGUGGCGAUGGUGAAUACAUCAUCUACACUGCGCUGGCUCUGCGAAACCAAGCUUUCGGUUCGGCAUUGGACUUUGCUUGGGCUUCCAAGGAGAAUGACAAGGAUUACGCCAUUCGUGAGUCUGGCACCAGCGUGAAGAUCUUCCGCAACUUCAAGGAGAAAGGCAGCGGAGGUCUGAACGUUGGGUUCCAAGCGGAAGGCUUGAGCGGCGGUACUCUCCUGGGUGUCAAGGGUCAGGGCGGAAUCGGUUUCUUCGAUUGGGAGUCUGGCCAGCUUGUCAGGAGGAUCGAAGUCGAGCCCAGAAACGUCUACUGGUCUGAGAACGGCGAGCUCGUCACUCUCGCCUGCGAUGAUACCUACUACGUCCUCCGCUUCUCGAGAGAGAACUACGUCGCUGCUCUGCAAGCUGGUGAGGUCGACGAAGACGGCGUCGAGGCUGCUUUCGAAGUUAUUACGGACGUCAACGAGAGUGUCCGUACUGGUCAGUGGGUCGGCGACUGCUUCGUCUACACCAACAGCACGAACAGGUUGAAUUACCUUGUUGGUGAUCAGACUUACACCAUUUCUCAUUUCGAUACCCCAAUCUACGUCCUCGGCUACCUUCCCCGCGAUGGCCGUGUUUACAUUUGCGACAAGGACGUCGGCGUCAUGUCGUACGCCCUUUCCCUCUCGGUGAUUGAAUACCAGACGCUCGUGCUGAGAGGAGAGCUCGAGACGGCGACGGAGAUGCUCGAAGACAUUCCUCAGGAUCAGAAGAACAAGAUUGCACGAUUCCUUGAGGGCCAGGGCUUCAAGGAGGAGGCACUCGAUGUGGCCACUGACCCUGAGCAUCGUUUCGAGCUCUCGCUGAGCCUUGGCAAAUUGGAUGUCGCCCUCGAGCUCGCCAAGGAGGUCGAUGUGGAGCACAAGUGGAAGACGGUCGGCGACGCAGCACUUACUGCAUGGAACCUCAAGCUUGCUGAGGAGUGCUUCACGCAUGCAAAGGAUAUGGGCUCGCUCCUCCUCCUCUACUCUUCGAGCUCAAACGCCGCUGGUCUUCGCAAGCUUUCUGAACUAGCUCAGGAGUCGAGUGCACACAACGUCGCCUUCUCUUGCCUGUGGCAGGUUGGUGAUGUAGACGGCUGCAUCGACAUUCUUACGAAGACGGGCCGCACGCCGGAAGCCGUGCUCUUUGCGCAGACCUACAAGCCGAGCCGCGCUCCCGCACUCGUCAAGGAGUGGAAGCAGGGCUUGGAGAAGGAAAGCAAGGGCAAGAUUGCACGGUUGCUGGGUCAGCCGCCCAGCGCCGAUGACGAGGGCGACGCUGACAUGUUCCCUGAGUGGGAUGAGUGGCUCAAGCUUGAGAAGGAAGGCGGCUCGGUCAAGCUUGUGGAUGUCGAAGAGGAGGAGGAGGAAGCGGGCGAGGUUGCAGUAGAGAACGCAGCCGACGAGGUUGAGGUCGACGGCGAAAGCCCGGAGGAGGUUGCGGAGGAGGCUGCGUACACGCUCUCCGUGAAAACACCGCGCGUCGUCCCUAACGACCGCUCAUUCACCCUCCUUUCCCGCCCAAUCUCUACAGCAGUCUCCUCCGCCGACGAGGAGACGCGCCGCUCAUUUUGCGUAGCCAUGGCGAGACUUAGCCGCGCGGGCUUCCUGGCCAUCGCUGUGGUCUUCCACCUGGUCUACAUAUACUCCAUCUUCGACAUCUACUUCGUCAGCCCUAUUGUCAGUGGCAUGCGCGAGUACAGACUUGAAGUGAGAGAGCCGCCGGCAAAGCGAUUGGUUUUAUUCGUCGGAGACGGACUACGCGCCGACAAAGCGUUCCAAUACUUCAAGGAUCCCUCGCCCGCCGACCCCAAUGCCCCCGAGGCCCAGGAGCUGCGGCCGCUCGCGCCCUUCCUUCGUUCGCGCGUCCUGUCGCAUGGCACCUUCGGCGUUUCGCACACGCGCGUGCCUACCGAGUCGCGGCCAGGCCACGUCGCGCUGAUUGCGGGCCUGUACGAGGAUGUGUCGUCGGUGACAACGGGGUGGAAGCUGAACCCGGUCAACUUCGACAGCGUCUUCAACCGCAGCCGCCACACGUGGAGCUGGGGUAGCCCGGACAUCCUACCCAUGUUCGAGCAGGGCGCGGUACCCGGUCGUGUGGACGCCGACAUGUAUGGCGCCGAGGCGGAGGAUUUCACGUCGGACGCGACGCAGCUGGACACUUGGGUGUUUGACCGGGUCAAGGCCCUUUUCCGCGACGCGAAGGCGAACAAGACGCUGGGUGCGGAGCUGAAGCAGGAGAAAAACGUGUUCUUCCUUCACUUGCUGGGACUGGACACGACAGGCCAUAUGUACCGGCCGUACUCCAAGGAAUACUUGCAUAACAUCAAGAUUGUGGAUCAAGGCGUCAAGGAGAUCACGGAGCUGAUUGAAGAUUUCUACGGUGACGGGAAGACAGCAUUUGUCUUUACUGCGGACCAUGGGAUGAGUGAUUGGGGCAGUCAUGGAGACGGCCAUCCCGACAACACGCGGACGCCGCUGAUUGCUUGGGGAUCUGGUGUCGCCCCUCCGGUCAAGGUGCCGGAGGGAAUCGCCGCGGGCCACGAGGACGGCUUCUCCUUGGAUUGGAACCUUAACCACAUCCAGAGAAACGACGUUGCGCAGGCAGAUGUCGCGGCGCUCAUGGCCUACCUCGUUGGCAUCCCCUUCCCGGUCAAUUCGGUUGGUGAACUUCCACUGGCUUAUGUCAACGCAGACGCCACCACGAAAGCUGAGGCGCUUUUGGUCAACGCGAAGGAGAUUCUCGAGAUGUACCACGUGAAGGAGGAGCAAAAGAAGUCCACCGAGCUGCACUACAGGCCCUUUUCUGCUUUUGGCAACGACGAGAAGUCGGUGGCGCACCGCAUCACAAGAAUCAGGGAGUUAAUCGACAGCGGUCAUGCCGAGGAUGCUAUUCAGCAGUGCACCGAACUCAUCAAAGUGGCUCUCGAGGGUAUAAGGUAUCUCCAGACGUAUGACUGGCUGUUCCUGCGUGCUCUGGUGACGCUGGGCUAUUUGGGAUGGAUGGCGUUCGCGAUUACGACCGUCAUUGAUUUGCAUGUCUUGCAUGGUUCUACCGAGACGUCGCGCUCGACUGUUUCGACCAUCAUAUUCUCGUCGAUUGGCGUUGCGCUGUUCUCUGUUUUGAUUGCGCAGAAGUCGGCUUUGACGUACUAUGGAUACGCGGUCUUCCCGGUCAUGUUUUGGGAGGAGGUAUAUGCGCGGAGAGCAGCCCUCAAAAAGGGAAAAGAUGUGCUCUUCGCGGACAUCAAGACGCCAAAGGAUAAGAUUGGCCUGGUCAUAAGUUUUGUGGCAUCUAUUGGAUUUCUGGAAGCUAUUGUGCAAAGUUACUUCUACAGAGAAGUCUUCACCAUCUGCUACCUUCUGGCCACGCUUUGGCCUGUUUUCUACGGCCUGAGCUUUAUUAAACAGAAUUUCCUGAUCGUUGCGACUUGGUGGCUUUCUUGCAUCAUGAUGAGUGCAUUCACGUUGCUGGAUGCUGUGAAGACUGAGGAUAUCAAUCUCAUUCUCGUUGGCGGCGCUCUUAUGUUUACCGUCGGCGCGCUUUACUUGUUUUUUGAGAAGAGCAUUAUCGCAAAGUCAACGGCCACUAAGAAGGGCCUCGCGUCCGAGAAGGCCGAUGCCUUGUCUCGGACCAUAUUGGGAACCCAAGUCGGCCUGGUCGCCCUCGCAAUGCUUGUCACCAAGUCAAGCGUUGCCUCUUUGCAAGCUAAAGAGGGCUUGCCUCUCGGCACCCAGGUCGUGGGCUGGGUUGUACUAAUUGCAUCUCUGAUGGUCCCAUUCCUCCACGGUCUGGCGCCGAAUAAUCACUACAUCCACCGCUUAGUCGUCAUUUUCCUAACGUUUUCGCCCAUCUUCGUCAUCCUCACCAUCUCGUACGAAGGUCUAUUCUACUUCGCCUUCUGCAUGACCGUAGUUACCUGGGUGCGCCUGGAGCACCGCAUCUCCCAACACACCAACACUGUAGCAGGAGAGAAAGUUCCUGCACCACAACAGCCCGCCAUCAAGGAGCUCAACCCCCUCAAGCCCGCAUUAGACGCUGCGCAAAAGCGUCUCACCAACCUCGCCAAGGGCAACUACCGCUCGCUGACGCUGUCGGACGUGCGCAUCGCGCUCUUCUUCUUCUUCCUGCUCCAGUCGGCCUUCUUCAGCACGGGCAACAUCGCGUCCAUCUCGUCCUUCUCGCUCGACGCCGUGGCGCGGCUGAUCCCCGUCUUCGACCCCUUCUCGCAGGGCGCGCUGCUCAUGUUCAAGAUCCUCGUCCCCUUCGCCGCCCUCUCGGCCAACCUCGGCAUCCUCAACCGCCGCCUCGGCGUCGCGCCGUCGGCCCUGUUCAUGGUCGUCAUGGCCGUCGGCGACGUCAUGACCGUGUCGUUCUUCUGGAUGGUGCGCGACGAAGGGUCGUGGCUGGACAUUGGCACGAGCAUCUCGCACUUUUGCAUCGCGAGCGGCUUGUGCGUCUUCGUCGCCGUGCUCGAGGGCGUCAGCGAGGUGUUCGUCAGCGGCGUCGAGUUUGACGUCGUCGCUGAGGAUGCGAAGCGCUUGGCGGUCGAGGCCAAGGAGAAGGUGGUUGAGGCAGCGAACGGGGUGGCGGAGAAGGUUGGUGGUAAUGGGGGCGUUGUUGAGGCUGUGAACGGCGUAGUUAAUGACGGGACGUAA